CCAGAAGUUAGUGGAAACGCGCAAUUGGCAAAUAGCGAAGAAUAGCGAUUUCAAGAAACCGUCAUUUUCGCAGCUUGCGAAUCGCGAAUUCUUCGCGACUCGGCGUGCCCGUUUCCGUUCGCAGCCGAGGACAUAUGGUUGCUCUUUGUAGCUGUACUCUUCGCACUUUGAACUUCUCCUCUUUCUCUUUUCAACGUCUCAUGAAGUUCCUCGUUUCGUUUUGAGUGCAAAAAGUUCACGAUACAGUGCAGCUACCGAGAACAGCCUUCACACGUCUGAACGUAUCGACUUCUCGUUAUGUCAAAACGAAAGCGAUGUGAUAAAGAGGAUCAUAUUUUUCCGCACCUCCUAGUCAGUGGUGGGUGAAAGAAGACGGUGCGUGGGACCAGCGAGGAAGAGAGAGCAAGAGCGGCUUGAUUCGUUCCUAAGUCGUCGGUCCAAGUCAGUCCGCCGAGCGAAACAUGGACGCCGUGGAGAUAAAUACGUCGGAUCCGCCGCAGGGCGAGGACGCGGUCACGUCCACUAUGAAGAUAUGCCGUGUCUGCCUACUCGACAAUCUCAUGAUGCGCGAUCUCUUCGUAGGGAACGAGGUCGCGUCCCUAUCGGCGAAAGCGAUGAGCUUCGCCAACGUUAAGAUGUUACCAGGUGACGGUCUCCCAGCACAGGUGUGUUGCAUGUGUGCUGACAAACUGGAGUCAGCAUACGAGUUUAAGUUGCAAGUGGAGCAAGCUGAUAAUGUUCUUCGGGAAAAGUUUGUUGGAGGGAUAAUAAAGGAGGAAUUGUUUCUUAACGAGGUUGAAAUACACUUGGAUACCGAAAGGAGUGACAAUAUCGAAGAAAUCAGUGUCAGUACUGAUUAUGAAUCUACUGUCACACUGCCAGUAGAGUCAGAAGCCGAUAAGAACUUUCUGAAAAAUCAAUUAAUGAUUUUAGAAGCUGAAAAGUUACAAGAGUCUGGGGAAAUGCAACAAGAUUCAGAACAAGAUAACUCGCAAGAAAUCACACAAGAAAGUAUUGAGGAAGAAUUGCAACAAGAAUUAUCCAGUGCAGAAGAUAAUGAUAUAUCAGAUGCUAUCGAUGAAUCAAGGAAUGAAGAACCUUCCAGCGACGAGAAUAUUAUUCGAAGUUGUACAGAUGCAAUUCCAACAGAGGAACAUGAUUAUAUUAUGCAGCAACAGUGUAUAUUGCCUGAACGAUUCUCUUUGCAAGAAGAUAUACAAGAGACUGUAUCAGAACUUGAACAAGACACAGUAGAACACCAAGAGACUCUAUCCGAACAAAAUCAAGAGAUUUUAGCUGAACAGAAUCAAGAAAUUCAAACUCAACAAAUUUACGAGCUUCAGGCUGAGCAAAAUGAAGAAAUUCAAGCAGAACUGAAAGAAGAAGCUCAGAUCGAACAGGAGAGUAAAGCUGAACAAAAUCAAAAUAAGAAAUUACCUGAGGAAGAAGCUAAAAAUGAGCCAGUAGAACAGGAAUCAUUUCAAAAUGAAACUAGAAGAAGUAAACGUAGAUUGGCUCGUCGGACAUUUACCGAGCGAGAUUCCGACGAGGAGAAUUACUUCGAAAAUCUGAAUCUCAGUUCACGAUUGAAAAAAGCACAGGCAGAUAAGACGGAGAAGAUCUUUUUCAUGUGUUACUUGUGCGAUAAGCAGUUCCUUUCAAAGAGCGUUCUGAAAGAACAUAUGCACUCUCAUGAAGAAGUGAGAAAAACGCUGUCGCUGAAGAAAACGCCGGAGAAACCGCAGAAAGUGCAGACCAGCGUUUCCGUCGUGAAAACGCCGCCAUCCGGAAAAAAAGCCAACAAGUGCCCUUAUUGUGGUAAAGAAUAUUUGUAUAUAAUUUCGUUUACUAAACACAUUAAACAACACGAGCGAGAACGGGAGGAAGCGAAGGAAGAGUCGAUGCCGCUUGAGAUCUCCUUCCACGAGGACGAGGACAGUCUAGACUUGGAUAACGGCAAUAAAUCGGAUAGCGAAUGCAAGAAGCGAAAGAGAGGAAAUACAGCCGACGACACCGCGAGCGACAAUGAUCAUGAUAAAAGAAGAAAGCGUAGUCAUGUUGAGGAGUUUGCAUGUGACAAAUGUUCAGAAAAAUUCGAUACAAAACGAGGUUUGCAAAAGCAUUCACUUACGCAUAUUAAUUUAAAAUGCAGCGUGUGCAACGAGGAGUACGAUACUUUGGAACAACUAAGAAACCAUCGAACGAAACAUGUAGUUGAGGGCGUGCUCACCGAACAGGAUUUGGAAGAGGAUAUAAAACAGAUUGUAGUUAAAACCACUGAGAACAAUGAUGAAGACAACAAGAACAUUGAAGAUGAGGAAAACAUUGGCGAAUCCGUUGAAAAUACGAAGGAAAUAAAGUGUCCAACAUGCUCAGUGACGUUCUCGCGCAAGAAAACGCUGACCAGACACAUUGAGACGGCGCAUUUUAAUACUCGCUCUUACGAAUGCAAGAUAUGCUGUCAACAAUUUGCGCGGAAGGAUCUCCUGCGUAGGCAUUCUGAACAACAUGCUCGAAUGAAGACUUAUAAAUGUACCCAAUGCAAUAAAACCUUCGGCAACGAGCUUACGCUGAGAAAUCACCUGGUUGCCACGAAUCAUAAGACAUUUAUACAUGGGAAAGAAUACGAUCCAAACAAGCGUAUAAAGCGUGUCGCGGCGAGAGCAGCGCAGAAAAUCAUUGACAAGAUUAAGACGGAGGAUGGUCUCGAGGAUUACGACGAUGAUAACGAUGAUAAUACCGAUUAUGACGCCAAGUUGGAUGGGCAUUAUCGUCGUAAACGUGACGCUACACCAAAGAAGUACAGUUGUAAGAAAGAGUUUGAGUGCGCGUCUUGUAACAAGAGGUAUAGCUCGAAGCAAGCGUUGUCAAAGCAUAUGGAACAGCAUGUAAAGGAUGAAAAAGCGGAGAAGGUAGCGGAGAAGGCAAUGGAAAAGGCAGCGGAGAAGGCAACAGAAAAAUUGAAAAAGACCACUUUGGAGAAGAAAGAGACGCAGAAGAUGAGCAACGUGGGCGAUAACGAUGAUGAUGAUAACGACUCCGACUUUGAAAGCGGUCUCGACUGGCCGAUGGACAGCCAUGAGUGCACCACGUGCAAGAAACGGUACAGUACGAAAAAAUCGCUACUGCGCCAUCAGCUGUUGCACGAGGAGCCAAAUUUUGAGUGCGAUAUCUGCAAUAUCAAGUUCUAUCGCAAAGACAAACUGAAGGCGCAUUAUGACAAGUGUUCGGAGAAGAAUCCCGAUCAGGUGAGAAAAUGCAACAUCUGCGGUGAUAGUUUCGAGAACAAUGAGAUUUUGCGCGAACACAGGGCCAAACACGUCACCGAAGGUAUCUUAACAGAGGAAGAUCUGAGGGACAUCGAGCCGAAAUCCGAAGAAAAGAAACCGGGUGAGAAAAUCGGCCGAAAGAGAAGAACCGAUAUAGUGGGGCUCGAAUGUACCGAAUGCAACAAACAAUAUACCUCUAGAAAGGGCCUACUGCGGCAUAUUCAAGUACACGAGGGCAAAAAGUACCUGUGUGACAUAUGUCCAAAGAAAUUCUAUCGGCGAGAGCAUCUGAAGAUCCAUGUGGCCAAGCACAAUAUGAUCAAGCCAUAUAAGUGCACUCGCUGCAGCAAGCGCUUCAUCAAGGAAGAACAGCUCAACAAUCACCUGCCUAAGCAUGAUCGCACUUUCAAGAAGAGCAAGGAGACCGACAGCUCGAAGAGAUUCCUUUGUGAGAUCUGCAGCAAGAGUUUCACGCAAUCGACAACGCUGAUAGCACAUUUGCGCGCCCAUAACGGUAUCAAACCAUUUGUAUGCGAAGUAUGCUCCAGGCCAUUCACCACUAAUGCUUACUUGAAGAUGCAUAUGCGUACGCAUACGCAAGAACGUCCAUACAUAUGUCAGUACUGUUCGCGGGCAUUCGCGCGUGCUGAUACUUUGGCAAAUCAUUUAACGUCGCAUACUGGCGAAGCCAAGUAUCAUUGCAAAUGCUGUCCAAAGAAUUUCCGGCGAUUGAAAUCACUGAAAGAGCAUAUGUUUAUUCAUACUGGUCAACGACCUUACGAGUGUCCAACUUGUGACAGAAAGUUUAACAAUAAUGGCAGUCGCUACGCGCAUAGCAAGCGCUGCAAGCAGAAUCUUUUGCAGAAUCAGAACCGGGCACAGCAGAUGAUCCAACAGACACAGCAGCAGCAGCAACAUCAACAGCAACAGCAGCAGCAACAACAACAACAGCAGCAGCAGCAGCAACAGCAGCCCCAAGUACAGAUACAUGUACAGCAGCAGUCACAGCCGCAUCCGAUCAGGUUACAUCAAACUGCGAUCGGUCAGGCACAGGUAGUCAAGGCGCAGAAUAUCAAGACGAUUGCUAUAGCGAGACAACCUGAUCCUACCACAGUGGGUACAACGCAACAAGUAAUGCAGCAUCAGGAAAUACUAAUGCCUCUAAUUCUACCACUUACCGUCACUCUCACCGAUGUAGGUGAGGAGGUAAUUUUACCCGAGGGUACAAAGAUAUUCACCACCUCCUAAUUGAGCUGUUUAUUUUGUGCUCGAUUACAAUAUAGAAAGAAAAGACAUGUUGUUCACGAGAAUGAAAACUCAUUUCGACGAUAUGAAUGAGCGAAAUUUGUUCUCCUGACAUCCUAUGACUAUUGUUUUCAUUCCCAUAUUCCGAUACGUACGGAAAAUCCGGAAAUGAUACUUUACGAGGAGAUAACUCACGUUAUUAAAGGAUUUUCGUAUAUUGGAUAAGAAAGGGUACGAUGCUCCACUAGAUGUACGAUAAAUGUACGGAUUUAACAGAGAGAAUAUCAUUUUGAUUAUGUACGAAACAUUAUAUUGAAGUUUAUUUUUGCAAUGGUGAAGGCAUUAAUAAGCGAUACAUCUAAUGUAUAAUUUAUCUAGAAGUUUUAGAUACAUGUAUCUUUCCAUAAUAACAUGUAUUACCAAGAAUGAAUAGUGUAAACGUCUUUGACAAAUCAUGGGAAAACAGAAAGAGACAAAUGUCUUUAUCAUGAAUGUGUGUUGUACAUGUAAUAUAGACUUUCUUUAAGAGACAUGAUACGAAUAAGGUAGUAGUUUUUAAAUACUUAAACUACAUUAAAGCUUAAUGUAUUAAAUAUAAUACUAGAUUUACUUUCAUUUAGUUUGUUCUUCCAGAGAUCUUUUUUCGUUUUCUUUAAUCGAAUACUUCCAUUUUCAAUCUACAAUAUUGUCAUUUUAAUUCACAAAGUUGCAAUAAAGAUUUGUUGUAACAUAUAAUUGUAUAAUUAUACGCAAUUAUAUACAAUUAUGAUAAAAUGACCAUUAUAAUUGAUACAAUUACAUGCUAAUAAUAAUUAUUAUGUUCAGAAAUUACAUUAAUCUUAAAUGCGUAAUGAAUCUAGCAUUAUACUAGAAAUCUUAAGUUUUCCUUAAAACUGAAUUUGAUUAUAUUUAUCUAUUUUUGUUUAAUUAAUACUAUGUAUAUUAUUACUAUGUUACUAUUGAUUUUUGUAGAAAGAUCUAAACAAUGUUGUGCAUGGAAAUUUUAACUCGGAUAUUUUCUUUAAACACUGAUAGUUCAUACAAAAAUGUCUAAAAUUCCAUAUUGCAAUAAAUUUACUAUUUUUUUUUCUAUUAAAACAUGUAGUAGCAAAAUGACGAAGACUCUAAGAAUUAUAAAUUUUAUAAUAGAUAAGUUUCAUGCAAUGUGCUUUUAUGGGCUACAUGCUCUUACACAUAAAUAUUAAUUCGUGUCUGCAUAACAAUUGUAAAAUUAGUACGAAACUAUUACACAUGUAUAAAUAUAUCAUAAACGUUGUUAUAUGUAUGUGAGACAUGAUUCUUUAUUCUUAUUACUUAGUUUUUGUUGUAAUGAAUAAAGUAUUUGUUCUAAUCUUA